AUGUUUGGCACACUUGUCUCUACCAGCCUUGACCGAGAGACUUUGGAGUACAUUGAGAACCCAGAUCAUGUUGCUGCAGUGAGCCGUAACGUACAAGACAAGAUACGAAUUGCUUGUACGCUGCUCUGGAGAACGGAAAAGAUGCCAAAGAUGUGUGACUAUGGGACUCAACGCAGUGGGAGUGCCGUGCCUAGGACUGUGUGCGAUGAAGCAGAGCCUGGCGGCCAGGCAAAGGACAGUGAAGAAUCGGCACCGGACAACCUGGACAACUGCACCGAUGAGUCUCUGUUUACGCCCUGGAUAAUCGAUACCCCCAUGCAGCACGAUUUAGACGGUAGUUCGAGCUCAAGCAGUGGCUACAACACAGCUUCUACUAUUGACAUUAUGACUCCGGAGAUGCCGACGCCAGACAUGACCUUGACGCCGUUACCUAGGCCGUCAGCUACGGACAGAGCAGGCGAUGUGGAAUCGUUGGAGAGAGGCCAAGCAGUGCAUGUGAAUGCUGAUGGAGACGGCUGCUGCCUGCUGAGCUCAAUAUCAUUUCUCAACAGAUUGGUAUCCAGAUCUGCUUCGUGUGAGAACCGUAUCGACCUGCUCCUUGCCGACGUCCGCAGCUCCAUUGAGACGUUGGCGACAUUCAUGUUAUGUGAGAGAUGUGCGUCUCGAGUAGAGCAUGACAUGCUGAUCGCCAUGACGGCCAGGCAGAUAAGUGUCAUCUGUGGAAUGAUGGCCAACUGCUACAGGACCAUGUAUCUUCGUGCCGUCGAUAGCAACACCUUAUCAUCCGAACCCGAAGUCGAUGUCGCUGCCGGCGCCGUUGACGUCUUCGUGUCGACCUAUCGUGUCAACCUCCGUGAGAGGCUACAUCUCCUCGAAAGCCUGGUGUCUCUCCAGCUUGUUGAGUUCCAGCAGCAUAUCGACACCAUCAAGACUCGGCAUCGCAGCCGGCCGGAUCAAGGCCAGGCGGAGACCCUCAUCGAAGCAGAGGACCAUAUAAAGUUGGCACAGCUUGCCAUCAUCGGUUUAAAUAUUAACCAUUUAUAA